ACUGGUAAAGAAUAUCAGAACGCAGCUUAAGCCAGAACAGCACACAAAACAACAGUAGAGAAUUAACCGAACACAUAUGUAAACAUUGUAAAUAUACAUAUGAAAUGUGUAUUUGAAAAGUCGACUAAUUAGUACAUGUUAAAUAUUCCAGAAAGAGAUAUAUGAUAUAUUUUUGUUUUUAUCAUGUCAAGUAAAUAUAUAAAUUUGAGACCUGCUGGGAUGUCUGACGAUGAAGAUGACGAAGAUGAUUUCGAUUUUUCAUAUAGGGUAUAUGAUUACUUGAUUUUUAUUAAAGUAUAUGAUAAUUUUUCAAAGAAAGAUGUAACAAAUGAGAAGACAACUGAAUAUUGUGAUGUAUAUGAUCUUCAAGAAGAAGAAGAUAUCUUAGAAAGUGAUGUUAUUAAUGCUUGUAUGACCGGAGAUAUCGAAGUAGUGCAAAAAUAUCUUGAUAGUUAUCAAGAUGUUGAUAAGUUUCUAUCUACUGGAUGGACCUUAUUAUUAUAUGCUGCUUCAUAUGCACAACCAAAAUUAAUGCAUUUCUUGUUAGAACAUGGUGCAGAUCCUAAUAAACACAAAGAUGGAUUUACACCCUUCCUGGCAUUAUGCAGUUCCAUAAAACAAAAAUCUGAGGACUCCCUAGAAUGCCUUAAACUAUUAGUAAAUAGACACGAUGUUAACAAUAUAGUUCAAGCUGUAAGCAAACAGAGGGAAACUGCUUUAAUGUAUGCCUGUAAAUCACAAAGCGCACCAUUUGUCAAUGAACUUUUGCAAUACGUAACAGAUAUCAAUGCAGCUGAUUGUGAUGGAAAAACUGCAUUGAUGUAUGCUGUCACAGCUAAUAGAAUCGAAAUUGUCAAGAUUCUUUUGGAACACAAUGUGGAUACUUUAAUAACAGACAGAAAUUAUUUGACCGCUAAAGAUAUUGCAGAUAUAAAAAAUUUUACACAGAUAUAUCAUCUACUAGAGAACAAUAACGAAGAAGAAGUACCAAUGUUUUGUGAAAUUUCUCAAGUAACAACUUGGAGGGACUUAUUCCCAGAUAUGUUUCCUAAAAAGAUUUUAGAUUGUGAUGUAUCAACAAUCUUAUAUGGAAUGGGUUUGGAAAGAUACAGCAACUUAUUUAAAGGAAUGGAUCUUAAAAUUUUUUUGCAAUUGACAGAAGAUGAUAUUUGCCGUUUAGGUAUCGAUAUAUCUGUUCAUAAAAGCCAAUUUUUAGAAAGUCUUGAAGAAUUUCACAGUAAAAAAUGGCAUACGAAUAGCCUUGGCAUUGUUAAGAAAUCUGAUCCGUAUACUAUUUAUGAUAGUAUACUAUCUCUGGCAAUUAUAAAGAAACAGUUAGGCGUGACAGCGUCUACUUUCCAAUAUAUUAAAAAUAAUUUGGUGCAAGCUGAAAAAGAAACAAUUUGUCUUUCUUCCGUGGAAAGAACGAGAUAUGAAGACAAGUUAAAAAAGAUACAAAAAACUUUGAAAAAUCUAAAGAUUGAAAUAAUGCACUUUCAGAAAUUGGCGCAUAAGAUCGAUAAAGAAAAUGAUAUUGGUGCGCCAGCAACUUUUAUCGGACCAAAAGAAAGCAAAUUCUUUCUUUCUAAUUUGACUUUAGUAGGCAUUACAUUAAUGACGGGAUUGUACAUAUGUAAAGCAAUCCCUAUCAAAAACUUUUGGAAUCUUAUAUAACAGAAAAAGCUCUUGUAAUAUUUUGUGAUUUUAUUAUACUUUUAACGACACGAUCGCAUUAUUGUCGUCAGGAACAAAAAACGGGAAUAAUAAUAAUAAACGUCGAUACGAAUAAUUAACGAAAUAAUGAUCGCGUCAUUAUUCAACAAUCACGGUGUGAUGAAGAGCCACGGACCGGGAGAGUGGGUUGCGAGCGACACGGAGGGGCAGGAUAAUCGGCAAACACACGCACACACGUGCGCCCGGUGCGCGUAUUAAUUGCUAAUUAUUAAGUAUUGAUUUUUUUAAAUGGGGACGUGGAGCGUAGCGCCGGCUCUCCGUAUCCUCCCCCACGAGGGAG